AUGUUUCCCCUGACGGUGCUGUGCCUGGUGUUGCUUGUGGGUAACCUUUCUGGUGGCCCAAGCACCUCUACGGCAGCCGCCGCGGUCAUCACAACUACCUCGGAGAGCCCGUUGCUGGCCGCGGAGUCGAUUCUCGAUUCCACCAUGAUGUGCCCUCUGGUCUUUAGUGCGGUCCUUUUCGUCGCGUUGGCCUUGCUCAGUUUCAUCCCGGUAUGUGUCAGCGUGCAUAAGAUGCUGAGCACUGGCAAGGGCCCCAUCACCGUCGCUAAGGUGAUAAGGAUCGUCUUCGCCAGCCUAGUUGGCAAGCACAUGGUGACUGCGUGGUCAUCUCUGCAUACGACUCUCUCGCGUAUUUACUCGCAAGACGGUGCUCUGGGUGCCGCGCGCUUCGCGGUGGAUCGGGCAGUAUCUGCGUUCCGUCAGACCUGGGCAUACCGUCUCUACCGCUGGAUUUCGCCCAGCGGACAGGUAAUAUCUUUCAGAACGCUAUUUCCGCCCUUCAUGCUAUAUUGCGGGUACAUCAAAUUCGGUGCACCAGCCUGCGCCUAUCUUUCAGGCCUUCUUGCCGGGAUCGCCAACGAUUCCGAGUUGCGUAUUUCUAGUUGUGACUAUGUCAUAACUGGCAUUUACGCUCCCGUGGAGAAACAUAGGUGGCAUGAUGACCGACUGCAGAACCUUUACUGUUCUGGAGCGCUGUCCGGAUUCGUCACGCGGACUGAAUGGAAAGAAUGGAUAGAGCAAAAGCUCUAUUCAUUGGAAAUGUUCCACCUUGCCCUCUUCGUGUCCUUGGUGGCGCUGGCGUUCCUGCCUACCUUCAUCCUCUACACUGUCAUUAGCCUGAAGGACUUUGACUAUGUCAUUGUCCGGAAAGCCGACCUGGCAGCAAUGAAGGUUGCAGAGAACCCAACCCCGAAGAAGGCCGGGAGGGCAAGUGGUGUGAUCCCCGCCAGAAACGGGACAAUUGGGAAUCGAACGAGCGCCAGUCAGCGCACUUUGAUGAUUGACCAGUUAAAGAGCCGAAUUAGGGAACUUGAAGUUUGCAACCUCGACUCUACGUCCAUGAUUAGGGCUCUUGAGGGAAAAAGCUGGAAUAAGGACAGAGUACUCGCCAGACUCAUGAAGGACCGCGCGGAUCUGCAGCUGGAGAACUCAAGAGAGCGGUCGCGACGAGAAUAUCUUACCGAGAAGCUGGCAAAGUCAAUCAAGCAGCAAGACACGCUCAAUUUAACUUCCUCCCUCAAGUUGGCGCGAGAGCAGCUGGGACAGGAACAGAUGAAAGUGAAGAUUGCAGAAGACAUGUACAGCGCUCUCAGGACCCUUGCGGGGAACAUAAAUUUAGAACCGAGCCUGCACAAGUACAUCCACGAUUUCGACAAGAUCGCUGAGAAGUGCAAUGUGGACAAUUUGAGUUCGUCGGCCCGCAAGGCAAGGCUAGAAGUCAUGCAGCAAACCCUCAAGAACAAAUUACCCUACCUGCUUAGGGAGGCAACGAUCAAGGCUUACGCGGUUCGGAACACCAGAUGUGACGAGCAAAUUGCCGCUAUCAAGAAAAACGGCCGCCCUCAAGAGAGAUCUCGAGAGUGCGCGCCGCCAUAUCAAUUCACUCGUAACCGAACCAGCCCAGCGUACAUGCAUUGCGACCCGAACGACAACCUGGCGACGAACACUGAGCUUGAUGCGGUGAGACAACAACUUGCCACAGUUGUUGCUGAUCUUGAAGCGCAACGUGUUGAGACUGCCGCUAUGAUUGGCCUCCUGGAAGGUGAACGUAGCGCGCACGCUCUUUCCGUGGCGUCACUCAAUGAGACGCACAACAUGGUCGUCACCACACACUCGAGCCAAACUCAAGAGCUCAAGGUGGAGAUCCGAGCAGCGAGACGGCACGGUGAAGAAGUCAGAGCAGGGAAGGAGAAGGAAAUCGCGGACCUUCGCCAAGAACUCGAGGCCAAGAACCAGGAAAUCAUAACUCAUACAUAUGAGGUCCAGGAAAAAGGCCGGGCACUCCUCAGGAUGGAGGGCGAGCUUCACGAAGCCCGGCGCUCCUUUGGAGCCCUUCAUGUCGCCGCCAACGCCCAGACUCAAACACGAGUUACUGGAGCUGAGCUCGCUCAACUUCAACAACAGCUGGCCAGCUCCGCUACUCGAGAGGAAGCCCUCAGUGCCGAGCUUGCCCAUGUUCAUGGACUGCUGCGGAACAUGGAGCUCGAGAACGCCCAGUCUCUAGAGCAGCAACGGCAAGCGAAAGACAAUCUGAUUGCACAGUAUCAGACAGCCUUGUUCAGCAAGGAUUUCGAGUACAAGCAGCAGAUUGACCAACUCCAGUCCGCUGGCCGAGCCCUCGAUGCGGAGUGUCAGAAACUGCGCGCAAGGGUCCAAGGGCACCAGGCAACCUCAUCUGUGCUCGCGGACGCUAACGCAAAAGUGGUUGAAUGUCGAGCACAAAUCAAUCAUCUGAUGCAGAAACUGAGCCAGCUCACCCAGGCUCCGACAGACGAUUUGACCAGACAGCAUAUCGAGAAACUUCGCGCGCGGGUGCAAGUUCUCGAGAAAGGGGACCGUGACAAUGUCACGGACAAAAUCCGGUCCACCCAACGGAUCAAGAGUCUGGAAGAGGACCUACAGAAGACCAGGGUUGCUCUCAGCAACGCCAAAGCGGAGGCGGCAAGCCCUCGCAGAGCGCUAGGGCCGAAUCCGUUGAGAGCAAAAGUCGAUGACUUGAACAAGGCUCUAGAGGCAAAGAAUGCUGAAAUAAGCGCGCUGCAGGUCCAAAUUGAAACUCAGCGGGACAAGAUCAAGUCUACAGAGGAUCAGCUUAGCUACCUUGUUUCCCUGGGCUGGAUCCCAGCGGAUAGCUCCAAGGGGCUGCAGGAAACUCCCAUUCUGGAGGCAGAAGACUUGAUCAAAUCCGAAGUUGAGGCCACGAAAAGGGCCGGUGAGCCGCUCUACGUGCCACAAAAGAGGCAAAGGACGGAGGAGUAUGAGUCCUCAGCAAUCCUGCCUGUGCCAGCCACCUGGGUGCAAAUGACGGAUGCGUGAACGUGCGAUUAAGCACAAUUAUUUAGUAGGUGGUGUUUGAAGCAGACUCGAC